AUGUCAGAACCCAUUGAAAAGCCCGUUGAAAAACCUGGUGUAGAACCAGUUUCUGAUGUCAAGGAUACAGAUCCAGCUAAAAAAGACCAGCCUGUAUUGGUAUCCACUACAAAACUCACCAAAACUCAGCUGGAAACAUUGAAAAAGCUCAUUGAUGAGUUACCCCAAAUUCUCGAAGAAACAGGUGAUUCUUCGUAUGACGAGAUAUAUGGAUACCGCAUCAACAAGAGUGGUUUGGAGCAUGUUCAUGAUGAGAUUCGUAAUGAAAUUGUGUUGAAAUUUUUGAUUGCCGAAGAGUACAAGUUUGAAGAAGCAAGAACCAGGUUGAUUAAUACCUUCAAAUGGCGUAAAAAGUUCCAGCCAUUGCUGGCUGCGUACAGCGAGACGUUUGACAAAGAAUUGGACGAUUUGGGAGUCAUUACCAAGUACGAUGGUACCAAUGAAAAUUUGCAUGUGGUGACUUGGAACUUGUAUGGAAACUUGAAGUCGCCGAAAAAGUUGUUUCAGAAAUUCGGUCAAGACGACAAAGCAGAAAAAGAAGGAUCUCCAUUCCUCAGGUGGAGAAUUGGACUCAUGGAGCGUGCUUUGCUGUUGAUAGACUUCACUGACAAGUCGAACUCAAAGAUAGCCCAAGUCCAUGAUUACAAUAAUGUUUCCAUGUUUCGCAUGGAUCCAGGAAUGAAGGCUGCUACCAAAGAAAUCAUCAAGAUCUUUGGUGAUAAUUAUCCUGAGCUCUUGUCCACAAAGUUCUUUAUUAAUGUGCCCACGAUCAUGAGCUGGGUGUUCACCUUUUUCAGAACAAUUGGCCUCGUGAGUGAAGAUACAUGGAAGAAGUUUCAGGUCCUUAACAGUGGCAAUCUUGCGACAUGGUUUGGUGAAAAAAAUUUGCCAAAAGCUUAUAAUGGGCUGAACGACUCUACAGUGGAGCUGUUAUUUGCUUCUGAAGCGAAAACAGAAGCCCCGGAAUAUGCCAAAAUAAUGAUACAUAAAGCUGCGCUUGACAUAGACUAA